UCCUUCCGGCUCCCCGGGGCCGGGCCGCGGAGACGAGCGAGCCGCCCCGGCACAUGCGCAGUGGUGCUCCACGUGAACGUCGGCGUUUUCCCCCUCAGCCCCGAGGAUGCCGCCCGAACGCAAGAGCCGGACGAGACGAGACCGGAGAGCCGGCGCAACGCCGGGGAGGAAAGCCAGACCCGGGAGCGGCAGCACGCCCGGAAAGGCCGCCCGUUCAUCCCAACGGACGCAGCCGGCCGAGCCGAGGGCGGCCCCUAGCGCGGGAUCCGCGGCGGCGGCGGCGGAGGAGGAGGAGAGCCGGCUCCGGCAGCGAAACCGCCUGACGCUAGAGGACGACAAGCCGGCCGCCGAGCGCUGCCUGGAGCAGCUCGUCUUCGGCGACGUCGAGGACGACGAGGACGCGCUGUUGCAGCGGCUGCGGAGCUCUCGGGGUCAGCUACAUGGAAGCUCAGAUGACUCGGAAAAUGAAGUGGAAAAUGAAGCAAAAGACAAUCUUUCUCAGAAGAAGAAGAAGCCAGUUUGGGUGGAUGAAGAUGAUGAAGAUGAGGAAAUAGUUGACAUGUUGAACAAUCGGUUUCGGAAAGAUAUAAUGAAAAAUGCCAGCGAAAGUAAACUUUCAAAAGAUAAACUUCAAAAGAGACUUAAAGAAGAAUUCCAGCAUGCCAUGGGAGGAGUACCUGAUUGGGCAGAGGCUGGGAGCAAGCGGAGGACAUCUUCAGAUGAUGAAAGUGAAGAGGAUGAAGAUGAUUUGUUGCAAAGGACUGGGAAUUUCAUAUCCACAUCCACUUCUCUUCCAAGAGGAAUCUUGAAGAUGAAGAACUGCCGGCCUGCCAAUGCUGAACGGCCUACCACUGCUCGGAUCUCAUCAGUACAGUUCCAUCCUGGUGCACAGGUGGUGAUGGUCUCUGGGGUAGAUAAUUCUAUCUCACUGUUUCAGGUUGAUGGCAAAACAAACCCUAAAAUCCAGAGCAUCUAUUUGGAAAAGUUUCCAAUCUUUAAGGCUUGUUUCAGUGCUAAUGGAGAAGAGGUUUUAGCCACAAGUAUGCACAGCAAGGUUCUUUAUGUCUAUGAUAUGCUGGCUGGGAAGUUAAUUCCUGUACAUCAAGUGAGAGGUUUGAAAGAGAAAAUAGUGAAGCGAUUUGAAGUCUCCCCAGAUGGAUCCUUCCUGCUCAUAAGCGGCAUUGCAGGGUUUUCUCACUUGCUAUCAAUGAAGACCAAAGAACUCAUAGGUAGCAUGAAGAUUAAUGGACGAAUUGCGGCAUCCACAUUCUCUUCAGAUAGUAAGAGGAUAUAUACCUCUUCUGAGAAUGGAGAAGUUUAUGUGUGGGAUGUGAAUUCAAGGAAGUGCAUUAACAGAUUUCUUGAUGAAGGCAGUUUACAUGGAUUAAGCAUUGCUGCGUCAAAAAAUGGACAGUAUGUGGCUUGUGGUUCUAAGAGUGGAGUGGUAAACAUAUACAAUCAAGAUUCCUGCCUCCAGCAAACAAACCCAAAGCCAAUAAAAGCAAUAAUGAACCUGGUUACUGGUGCUACUUCCUUGGCCUUUAAUCCUACCACAGAGAUCUUGGCAGUGGCUUCAAGAAAAAUGAAAGAAGCUGUCAGAUUGGUUCAUCUUCCUUCCUGUACAGUAUUUUCUAACUUCCCAGUUUUUAAAAAGAGCGCUGUUUCUCGUGUUCAAACCAUGGAUUUUUCUCCCAGAGGUGGAUACUUUGCCUUAGGGAAUGAACAGGGCAGGGCCCUGAUGUAUAGGUUGCAUCAUUACUCAGACUUCUGAAGAUUUUUUUUUGAAAUCCAGUUGAAAAAUCCCAUCUCGGUCCAUCUUCCCAGAAGUUUCCAAGUGUGAUAAUGUACGAAUAAUGAUUUGUGGCAUCUGCUUAAGUUAGCAGCAGUGUCUUAAUAAAUUUAUAACUUUGUUUGACAAUAAGUGUACAUGAUUCUUUUUAAACAGAGUCAAGAAUGUGAUUUCUAUGCAUUUUCUUUAAAACUGUGAGAAAUGGAAACCUGUCUGUAAUAAAAAGUAAUAUAGGUGAGUAUUUUCAUUAAUGUUCCUCCUGUGCACAGAUCUGUCCAGGCUUCAGAGCAGGGCUUUAAAAACUAUCCAGUCACCUUCUUUUUUUUUUUUUUGAGAGAGAGAGAAACAGGCUCUCAACACUGGCUGUCUUGGAACUUGUUGUGUAGACCAGGCUGGCUUCACAGAGAUAGCCAUCUGCCUCCAAAAUGCUAAUACUAAAUAAUAAACUUUAAAUUAUAAAUGCCACUCCACUUGGCUUCAGCACCAAUACUUUACUUAAGAAUUUUUUAUCCAAUUCUGUGUAUAUAGGUGUAUAAAAUUGGUAUGUAAGCAUUUUUGUAUAUAAUUUUACCACUUUUUAAGGGUAAAAACAAGUUUGUAUACUAAAGAGAUGGACGUAUAUGUUUAUUACAUAAAGAAUUGUCUCUUGGCUGAAUAUUUGAUACUGCAAGACAUAAUAAUACAUCUUCAUUUCUUUUCAGGGUUGAUGUUUUGAUUUUGUAAUCCCUGCUGAGAAUGUUAUGCCUUAAUACAUUAUAAAAAUGGCAAAAGUAUA